CCCAAAAGAAAGCGUCUUGAUAUAAAACGUACUGGAUUAACAACAUUUGUACUUAUGUCGGUUCAUCAAGCUCAAACGAUGACCGAUAAUGAUCGGUCAAGACAACAGUUACAGACGGCAACAUAUUUAUAUGAUACGCAAUUAAAAGUGAACCCUGGAUUAUUUUUUGCCAAACUAGAAAAAAAUUAUUUAUUCCAGGAAAUUCACAUAAUUCACGCCGGUUUUCAUAUUGGAAUUAUUCUACAACGUGAAAGUAUUUUUAAUGUUUCAGAUCUAACUGUGAAUGAAAAAACUUGUAGAAUUAUGGAGUUUCUCCUGAAAUUCUUCAAG